GGCGGCGGCUGAGGCGGGGACGCGCGUGUUCCUGGAGGUGCGGAGACGGCUGCAGAGCGCGCUGCUGAUCCUGGGGACUCAAAAUACACACUGACGUUUUGAGGAGCGCUGAUGACACAUACCAGUGUCCGGCUUUAACACAAACUGCAGCAAAUGCCUUGCCUGUUUCUUUUUGGGAUCCUCAUUGGAGGAGAGCCUAAAGAAGGAGGCAUGCCCGUGGAUAUUUCUAUAACGCCAUCCGCACUCCAGGUGAAGACCCCUGCAGGCUGCACAGAGCUCCGGCUUCCAGCAGAGGUCAGGCUUGUACCUUCCUCUUGCCGCGGGCUGCAGUACGAGGCUGGAGAUGGGCUGCACCUGCGGCUGCAGGUGUGGGCAGACUCCAACGCCAAAGUGAUUUCCAUGUUUAAUCAAAGCUCACAAGCCCAAGAAUGUUGCACAUUAUAUUGCCAGUCCUGCGGUGAAGUCAUAAUAAGGGACAGGAAGCUCCUCAGGGUGCUCCCAUUGCCAAGUGAGAACUGGGGAGCUCUAGUUGGAGAAUGGUGUUGUCAUCCUGACCCCUUUGCUAAUAAGUCACUUCAUCCACAAGAGAAUGACUGUUUUAUUGGAGACUCUUUCUUCUUGGUGAAUUUAAGAAGUGAUUUAUGGCAGCCAAGACCUGAACUAGCCCCAGUGGAGACACACCGUCUUUCUUCUGAGAACCGUUUUAAAUUGAAACCAAAGGCAAAUACCAAAGUAAUUUGUAAGCGUUGCAAGGUAAUGUUGGGAGAGACCAUGUCAUCAGAAACCACCAAGUUUUAUAUGACAGAGAUAAUUAUUCAGCCAUCUGAAAGAAGUUUUCCCAUCAUACCAAGGUCUCAGUUUAUACAGAGUGUUAUCGCCCAGUGUCUGGUGGAACUCUCCACUGCUAGAAGCACUUUCAGAUUCACUAUUCAAGGUCAUGACGGCAAAGCGUACAUCUUGCUGUGGCUUUUAAACUCAGACAGUUUGGUGAUUGAAUCUUUGGGAAGUUCCAAAUGUAUCACAAAAUUCCCCCUGUUGGAAGACAUCUUAAAGGCAGAUUCCAGUUCUGCCUGGAAUGCCGUCAAGGUCCUCUAUCAGCCAUGCAUCAAAAGCAGGAAUGAAAAGCUUUCCAGUGCUUGGGAAAGUGAUAUCAGCAUCCAUGUUCUAACCCUGCCCUCUGCAACCUGCUUAGAGCUGCUGCUGAUAUUAUCCAGGAGCAACGCCACACUACCUCCCUCCCUUCGCUAUAUGAAUUCCUUUCAGGUGGCCUUUUUGAAGAUGUGACUGUUGGAGCUGAGGCAUUCAUCUCCCUGGUAAACAGCUCUCUGGCACAGAGCACCCCGGGGGCCAGCAGUCUGCACAGGGGUUAGCCCUUCCAGAGACAAGAACCAGAGCUACCGAAUAAGAGCAUUGCAUCGGAGUUGUGAGUUUACUGAUUGACACAUACUCUCUAAGAGAAGAGUUCACUUCAAUUCUUUGAAGAACCAAGGCUGUGAAGAACGUUGUUGUAGUAGGUUGAGGAAAGUAUAGACGUUAUGUCUCUGUUUCCCACAGAGAGGAAUGUUGCGAUUUGUGCCACGUCAGCACCACCUGGAAGGAGAUUAGCUGGUAGAGUCCCAUCUGUCCUUUAUGGAACACAGUGAGUGGCUCUGCUGGUGGAUCUGAAUGUUAACUGCUGUAAAUCCAAGCACAUAAACUUAUAAACUUCCCGUUUGGUCUUUUUAAAACAAAUUUUUAGAAAAAAAAAUAACAGAAUUUUGUGUACCUUAUUCAGAAGAGGUACUCCGUAAAUAAAUGUUGAAUGAAUGGUUAUCAAAUUAAAGGUUUUCCUGUAUGCAAGACUG